CCCCGGCCUGCUGUCUUUUGACGGAUCAUCACCCUGGACAACUCCAGGUUACAUUCCAUGUACUGGAUGCCGUCCAUGACGUUCGUUACCACUACUCUUUCUUGGCGGCCUUGACGAUUGCCCCAUCCUUUUCCCCCCUCUUUAUUGGUACUUUUUAUUGUACUUUUAUUGUACGUUUGGUGUUGUUUAAUUGUGCCCCAGAACGACAGGAAAUCGGCAGGCGCACAAUGCGGCUGUCGCUACGCUGGACGGUGGCGGGCUUAGCCGCGACCGGCAUGGUCCCGGGCGUUGUGGCGGCAGAGGCGUCGGUAGAGGCGCCGGCCUUUGUCAACGACUUCCGAUAUGACCGCGGAGCUUACGGUCACCAGCCACUGCAGGUCUUCAGGUCAACCGAGCUCACGGCGCCAAUGUUUAACUUUGUCAAGUCCAGUCGGUCAUGCGACAAAUCUCUCUACACCCUCAUGACUCCGCGAGGGGGUGCCACCGAGCAGGCCAAGGCGGCCAUAUACAACAGUCAGGGCCAAUUAAUAUGGGCGGCACCCUGGCAUGGGCAGCAACUGUACAACUUGAUGGUUCAGACCUAUAAAGGCGAGAAAUAUUUGACCUUUUGGGCCGGCAACGAUGCCGUUGGGGGACACGGAGCGGGCUUCUACUACAUGCUAGACAAACAUUACAACCUGUACAAAAACAUCACGGCGGCGAACGGUCUUGAUGGAGACUUGCACGAUUUCAGGAUCACGGAGAACGGCACAGCCAUGCUGGUGGUGUACGCCAUUGUGGACAAAGAUCUCUCGGCCCUUGGCAAGGGCGUAGGCCCAGUUUGGGACUGCCUCAUACAAGAAAUUGACCUAGAAACAGGAGAAUCUGUCUUUGAAUGGCGGGCAACGGACCACCUCGCAAUCACCGACACCUACCGCGAGAUUGGCGGCGAGGGUGAAGGCACCACAGCCUUCGACUGGUUCCACAUGAACAGCAUCGAGAAAGACCACCUGGGCAACUACCUCAUUUCCGCCCGCUACACACACUCACAGACAUACAUCGACGGCCGCAGCGGCGAAGUCCUGUGGAUCAUGGGCGGCAAGCGCAACAUGUUCCGCAACGUAUCCAACGACCUCCCCCUCGAGUCCUCCAUCGACUUUGCCUACCAGCACGACGCGCGGUGGCAGGACAACGGCAAAGUCAUCACCCUCUUCGACAACGGCAACGACAACGCCCACACGGACCGGGCCGCCACGCGGGGGCUGCGGCUGCGCGUCGACCAGCAGGCCAUGACGGUGCAGGUCGAACGGGAAUUCGUCAACCCGCACCACAUCACCAGCGUCUCGCAGGGGUCCAUGCAGACGCUGCCCAACGGCAACGUGCUGCUGGGCUACGGCAACACGCCCGCCUUCACCGAGUUUGCGCCCGACGGCACCCCGCUGUGCGACGUGCACUUUGCGCCCGAGCGCCGGUUCGGGUCUGGCGAUGUCCAGUCGUACCGCGUCUACAAGGCCGCCUGGCAAGGGUGGCCGGCGAGCAAGCCCGACGCGGUCGUGGCGCAGGACUCGGACGAGGCAGCCGAUGGUGAUGGGCAGUUGCGGCUGUGGGUCAGCUGGAAUGGCGCCACUGAGGUGGCCAGCUGGGAGCUGCAGGGCGCGGGAAGGCUGGACGCCAAGGACGACGCGGACUGGCGCCGGCUGGAUGCUGCUGACAAGACGUCGUUUGAGACGGGGUUCCCUCUUAAGGUCACGUAUCCCCGCUGUGUCCGCGUCGUGGCCCUGGAUAAGAAGGGCAAAGUCCUCGGCAGGAGCGACCCGCUUGAGCUAAGGCCUGAAGAGGCGGAGAGUGGCAGUGAUGUUUCUUUCACUAAUGCCAAGGUGGUUGUCAGUCGCGACUUGUCUGGGAUACACUUCCUCCUCUUGAUUGGUGGUGUAAUUGUGCUUUCGAUGGUCUGGCGGUUGGCCCGUAGAUCACAGAUCCGGUCGGUCCAUUUCUUUCAAAAGGGAGUAUUAGUGUAAUCAUUGCUGCAACUGGCGAGGAUAUUUUUGGUUUUUACACCUGGUACUACUACAUAUACACGGAUAUAGGUUUUUCCUACAUGUUCAGUUUUCCGGGGUGCGGUCGGGUCACCAAGCGGUUGUUGGUCAUCUUGGGGGUAAUCUCAAGUUCGCUGCCUCCUUAAAGUCAUCUCCAAAGGGAUAACUUUCCCGAAAUUACCACAGCAGCAAUGCAGCUGAGAGUGGCCACUACCUAUGAUGAGACUUGGCCAGC